AUCAAACUAUUUCACGUGAAACUUAGGUGUAUAAAAUAUGAGAGCAGAAGGAUCUCAACUAAGUAUUUCUCGCGAUGAAACAACUGAUAGAUUGGGACAGUUAAAUGGAUCAGAUUAUGACUCGUCUGACCACACUGGUUUAUGGAUAGCUGUUGUGUUUGGUGUCUUGUUUCUAUUUGUUCUAAUCAUUUCCAUGGUUUUUGUGAUUAGAAGAAUAAUGACAAACGGAAGCGAAUCUUUAUUUCUGCAAAGGAAACUUACCGAUAUAGAGGGAUACCGUUUGAAAAUUGAGAUAGAGAGAUUGACCAUCGAAAAGAGAAGACUUGAAAUGGAUGAAAACAAUAUUGCAGUAUCAGUGGCAUAACUAGAUCAAUCCCGAACUGCUUUAUGAUGUGCAAACUAUAUGUCUUUUAUGGGCAUAAAUGGCAAUAUAUUUAAAAUUAACUAUACUUAUCUUAC